AUGUACAGCUGUAACUUUAAUAAUUUAGAUAAUGUUUUUAAAAGAUUUAAGGUGGUAGAAUUUCCUAUAUCGUUUGUUGGACUAUCCACAUCCCAAGUAUUGGACGUCGAAAAUGAUUUAACUACUUGCGCAUUUCUGAAGACAAUAUAUGACGGAAAGCUCUUGAAAUUUGACGACGCUCGUGAAAUAUCUGCAUCGCAUAGAGCUUUUACCAUAAUUCCAAAUGAUGAUCGUUCUAUAGACAUUACUUUUACACCAAAAACUGAAUGCAUAUCUAAAGCAAAAAGGAGCAAGGAAUUUGACAACAGAUUUGUUUUUGACCUAAGAUUAAUAAAAAUAGAUGGAAGCCGAUGCUGCUAUAAUGAAUUGCAUUCAGAAAUUGGCAGAUAUUAUAUAAGUGGGCAAUUUGAAUAUUGCAAAAUAAGUCAUACGCCUGAAAUAGUUAAUUUUGGAGAUGUAGUGAUCAACACACGAACAACUAAAUCUAUUAGAAUUUGGAAUGAAUCUAAUCAAAUGUCUGCCAGGAUGAUGUAUAAACGAGUAACAGGUUUUGAAGUAACCCCACAGAAAUUUAGUGUUCCUCCAAAUUCUUCUCGGAAAGUAACAAUUUCAAUAAAGCCUACAUGCCUUAAGUUGAGCAACAAAAUUACUUUUGAAAUAAGAAACCCUCAUGACAAGUACGAGAAACCGUUACAUGAUGAAGAGGAAAUCGAUACAAAUUUUAUUGAAUAUACAGUGAAAUUUAAAUUAAAUGUCAUUUGCCAAAAGAUAACAAUAAAGACAAAAUUAGAAUCACUUCAUAAAUUACACGAUGUAAACCCAGCGUAUACGUAUACAGGGUCUGAAUUAGAAAAGCAUUUACAACGUAAAAACGUUGCUUUUAAGCAUUUGCAAAUUUCAAAAUCUUCGUAUGCAAAAAAGACUAUAUUUGAAAAAUUUAGCACAGGAAAAGAGAGGUGCUAUUCAUAUACAUCAGCAAAACCAAUUCCUAAUGAUGGAAAUUUUUGUAAAAAAAUUAAGGAAGAUAUUCUACCCUAUGAUUUAUUUGGAAUCGUCUUCGCGCCUUAUUGUUUAAAUUUUGGAAGAGUUGGUUUACUUACAUAUGGAGAACACGACUUAAUUAUUCAAAAUAAAACAAAGCACGAACUUAACAUCGAUUUUGUAAAAGACAGUUGUGUUCUCUAUGGAAACGAGAAAAAGAGAACUUUGAAAAUAAAACUUCGUCCGUAUAUCGAGAAAAUAAUAACGAUCCAUUGCUUAGGAUCUUUUGAAGGAGCACUAAAUGGAACAUUUGAUUAUAUCAUUAGUCAGAAAUACUAUAGAAAACACCCUUACAGCCUCCAAGUCGGGAACCCAAGUCUCAUGUUGUACGACAAAUGUUUAAAAUUUGGAAUGGUAACCGCUGAAAGUUUUGUAACUUCAGUACCAAUUAAAAUAUAUAAUCAUUUCAAUACUCCUGUUAAUUUUAAAUGGAAUGAAUUUCAUUCUGAUACACCAUUUGAAAUAUCACCUACUUCUGGCAUAAUACCUGAACAUUCCUGUAAGAUUUGUGAUGUAAUGUAUGUGUGUAAAGCUACAAAAACUAAAAGUCAUGAAGUGGAUCUCGUAUCGGAAGGGAAUCACAUUAAAAUAAUACCAGUGGAGCUGAAUGUCAUCACACGAAAACUAACAAUUAAAUUUUUACAAUUAGCCGUAGUUUUCAAAGACAUUGCCUUAAAUGUGGAGACAGUAGAAAUGGUAAAACUUGAGAAUUCAUCCCGAGAGAUUGCUUUAUUUCAUGUGGUAGAACCGUUAAUACCGGGGUUGAAAAUAGAGCCUAUGUGUGGCAUAAUUCGCCCUAAAAUGAUUCUUAACUUUGAAAUUACAGUAAAAAUACCUUGCAUUUUAGAGUUUUCAUUCGAUAUCUACGUUAAAAUAAAUAACAAAGAGAAUGUUAUCCUGCCAAUAAGUGGUAAUGUUGUUGAGCCGAAAAUAUUGAUUCAUCCAAAAAAUAUAUUUAUGUCCAGAGUUCCGUGUGAUAUGAUUACAUAUGUACCCGUAACUUUUCAAAACUUAAGUACCUUACACACAAUUGUAGAAAUACUUGAUACCGGUGAUGAAAAUAUAUUCAAUGUAUAUACGGCAGUAGGAAAUGAAAAAAAGAGACUGUUUGAAUUUUCAAUUGAAGGAGGACAGACGAAAACUGUGUUUAUUAAAAUUUGUGAUGUUUUUCGACGAGAAUAUGAAAUGUACAUACCUUUCAAAAUAAAUGGCAUACUAGGUCCGCCCUGCGAAGAUACUUCCUCAACAGAACUUCGUUAUUACAUUGGUGAACAUGAAAAAUGUUAUGAAAAUAAUUCGAAGGUCAAAUUGAAAACAGUUAACAAAGAUAUAAGCUAUUGUCGAUUGACUGGUGUAAUUACCGUGCCAUGGAUAAAUUUUUCAGUGGAUGAAUUUGAACUAAGUUGUGGCACAAAUAAAAGCGCCCAAUUAGACUUCACAAUGACCAACGUGUCUAAGUACAAUUUAUAUAUUACUAUUUUAACUGCGAAGUUGUCUCCAAUUUUCACGCUAGAUUUACAUACCGACGAUAGCCAGUCAAUAAUUAACGAAACCCAUAUCAAAUUUGAAUUGGACCGAGGAAUGAUAGCAAAUUUUACUCUAAGCUUUCACCCUAAAAGCCAUGGACGAUUUGUGUCUGUAGCAUUAUUAUAUCUGGAUAAACAAAUGACGAUACCAUACUAUAAUUUAACUUUUAUUGGAAAAAAACAGACACCUGAUAUGGUUCCAAGCACUCACAGAAUCAUUUUUCCUCCAUGCCACCCUAUCGAAGAAACAUCUCGAGACAUAACCCUCCGAAUAGAAGCAAUCUCAAAUAUCGAAGACUUUUCCUGUUGUUCGAAAGAAGAACCAAAUAUUAUUGUAAAAAUUAUAGAAACCGACAUUAUAAAAGAAUAUGAUAAAAGUUAUACUGUCGCUACCGUGAAAAUCACAGCAAGCUGUAAAGUUUCUUACGCAAGAAGCAUGACACUUAACUUCAGCCAUAUUAGUGGUUCAUGUUGUGAUGUUGAAGUCAGUUUUUGUUUUACAUAUUGUCCCUUGACAUUACAUACAAACAAUUUUGUUAAACCUAAUGAAAAUCCAUAUCCCUUUUAUCCGCUUGAUACACAAACUGAACUUUAUGAAUACAUGGAGGCGUGUACAAAUUUUCUAGAGAAAUGGAUGUUUCAACAAGGAUUUAGAAGAGAUUUAUAUCCUAUAAUACCGGAUACAUUUCAUGCUAUUUCUACAGCCUUAUCAUCUCAAGGUGGAGGCACAAAAACAAAGGGGAUAAAUGUGUCCUAUUUAAAUUUUGUCAAAAGAAUCGCCGGCCCACUAAUGAAACACGUCCGUAAAAUAACUGUAACUGGUGUCGAUGAAAACUUCAAAAUUAUAAAGGAAAUUCACGACACUUACCGUGAAAUAAUAAGUUUACUAAGAUGCCGCGGUGCAAAUUUAUGGGUUCUUCAAGCAAAAUUUUUAUUAAGUUACGAACAAUUCAUGAUUUACUCUGAAAAUGUUACUCCGAAAUGCAAUGCUGAUAUCAUUCUAACCCAGGAAUUAAUAUCAGAUGUAACACUAUUCAAUAGACUAAACAAACAGAGUUGGAUUGAUUUUAUUUUACAAAGUUAUAAAGUUUUUGUAAUGGAUAGCUGUUUUUUCGAUUGUGUUUGCGUUAGUUCGCAACCCCGAGAUGUCGUGAAAGUUAUAAUUGAUUGGUUUAAUGAAAACAUAUCACACCAACAUAAUGCGCUGCGAGGGAAAGAUAAACCAGUAAAAACCAUAACAAACAUAACUACCGAUCUUUCGGACGGUGUUGCCUUUAUAUCUGUUAUUUUGACCUUCUGCCCAUUUAUGGCUAAUCAUUUUACGCUGUUUUGUGAGAUAAGUAAUACAGAUUCUUAUAGCUGUAUUAUAAAUAAUGCUUGUCUAGUUAUUGACGCCAUGAACCUUCUAAGACUUUAUUUUCCAAUAAGCAGUAAAGAUUUUUUACAACCAAAUUAUUUACUCAUGCUAUUUUUAUCAGUUCACUUAUAUGUUACAUUACCCAUGUUCACGCCUAGAGAUGCUGUUCAAUUUUACCCUCCACUUCUCAGAAGUUCUACUCGACAAGUUGCCAUAAAUCCCUCUAGUCAAGAAUCAUUAAUUUUCAAUCACAUAAUCCUUCAAAACACAAAGAAUAAUUUUACCGUAGAAAAAGCAUCUCCACCUGAUAAUGGUAAGAAAAUGUUUCUAAGCGUGAAAUAUAAUGCAAAUUUUGCGGAAAAGGAAACGGCCGUUCUUCUUGUGCAUGGAUAUAAUAAAACAAGAAUAUUUGACACUUACAUAGUAUUUAUACUACAUGGCUACAUAGGUUUAUUGAAUCCAAUCAGAAAGUGUAAAGUCACAGGACCGUUGUAUCGGCCGAAUAGAGUAGAUGUUCUGGUAGCUUCGCCUUUUGCCGUAACUGCAACGUUUAAACUAUAUCUAACCGACAUUGAACCCACAAUUCCAAUUGAGUACAAGGAGGAAGUAAAACCAAGGUUCUUUAUACGACGCCUGAAUCUUAUAGACAAGGAGAUUUCUCUGACAGGAUUGCCUAAAGAGAGUGGACAAGAAGUGCAAGAACACAAAUUGUAUUUACAAAUAAUAUGCUUAAGUACCCAACUUGGCAACUCAUGGGUUUGGUUUAAAAGUGAAAUUGGCGAAUUUUACAUAAAAAUAACAACCCAAGCUCGAUGGGAUUUAGCAAUUGAUACCCUACAAGCUAAAGUAAGAACCUGGCCCAUGGACCCCUGCAGCUGUGGCGAGGCCUGUGAAUGUUACAGAACAACAGUUUUAACUAUCCCACAUAAAAACGAAUUAAUGUUAAAGUCACUACGCUAUUCUUUACUCGAACAUGCCUCGGAAACAAUGAUGCAAGUAUAUGAUCAACUGAUAGAGACGGCUACCGGAAAAAUAAUUUUGAGCAUGUUACUAAGUGAAGGUGGAACAAAUUUAUCAGAUGUGCAACACAUCUUACGCAGUGAAAGCUCUUAUAGAAUCACAUCCCGCGCUCUGCUACCGCGUUUGGAUCGCGUCACUUUAUUGCAACAUACAAACGCUAUUCUAAUACUACCUGUGACUAUCCCAGCUCAGGAAAAGUCCGAAAAAUACUCAGUCACUUUUACUUCUGAUUGUGGAAUGGACAUACGCACAUACAGAAUACUGUUUAUUGAGUCGUCACCAAGUGAAUAA